UCACUCUCUCAGGCACUUUCAAUUUGUGAAGUCGAGACUCGAUUAUGGCGACGAACAAUGGGGACGUUUUGAUGCUAGAGGCGGCGCCGGAGGCUGCGAGGCCCUGGGCGAGUGCUGCGAACGCAGAAAUUAUCGAUGCGCUUCCUUAUAUAGACGACGACUAUGGCAAUCCAUUGAUUAAGUCGGAGGUAGACCGCUUGGUGGAGGAAGAGAUGCGCCGGAGCUCUAAGAAGCCAGCUGACUUUCUCAAGGACCUGCCUCCUCUUCCAAAGUUUGAUUUCGAGAACUGCCCAACACUUAGCAAAGAGUAUGAGCGUGUUAGAGCUGGGAAGCCUCCUGUGCGGAUAGAUUUUGAAUCCCGAUACAAGCUUGAAGUGCCGCCUGCUAGUAAGAAAAACGACGAUGCUGCCUGGAAGCUGUCUCUUCAGAAGAAUCAUCGGUCACUGCAACACAAGAUGUUCGAGCUUGAGAAUUUGGAAUUGAUGUCAAAACAUGGUCCAGAGCUCUGGAGACAGAACAACCAUCGGUUAGAAGUAUUCUUGUCCAGAAUGCAAAGACUAGCUCAGGAGCAGAAUGAGGAAAUUGAAAAAGUAAAUCGGGAAAGGAAGUAUCAUCAGCAAACGACAUCAUACGAGCUCAAUGCUCUAUCUCAAGAAUGGAGACAGCUAUGUGUGAAGAAUAUGGAGAUCCAGUCUGCUUGUGCCGUGCUCGAGACACAAAUCGAGUCUUAUAAAAAGGAAGCUGCUGAAAGGGGAUGGAACUUAGAAGAGAAACUAGAGAAUGUCGAGUCACUUAAACUGCAAUGAGGUACCUCCCUUGCUUGAGCCACUUCAACUGCAGUGACGUGCCUCCCUUGCUUUGAGGUGGUACUUUAAGUAAAGUGGAUUCAGAUUGAAACAGCUGUUGUAGGCCAGUUUGGUUUGAGUCUCAAAACAUCGAGACAGUUAUUUUGGCAGUUUUGUGAAGUCAUCAGCUUUCCUAUCAGGUAGCCGUGUGGGAUAAGUAAUUGUUUUUGGAGGUAUCGAAACUGUUUAAUUUAUCAAGCCAUGACCCUUUACGAUAUGGUAGUUAAAAGAAUGAUGAUGUAACCUUUUUAUCAAUGAUGAUAUUUUAGACCUAUUGCAAUAUGCAAUGUAGAUCAUAUCAAAAUUGUUCA